AUGACGCGUGGUUCUUUUGUCAUCUCCACCCCGGUGCUGUUUUACAACCGGCUGACGGAAGGCUACUGGUUUGGGCCGCAAACCUACUGCAGCGAAUCCUUCCCCUCCUUUUCCCACAAGAGAGCCUUCAUUGUCUACAACUUCCUAGCUGUGUACCUCCUUCCAUUGUUCACCAUCCUCCUCUGCUAUAUGGCCAUGCUGUACCGGAUGGGACGCCCUACGGUGGAGCCAUCUGACAACCACUACCAGAUGCAGCAGUUUACAGAACGCUCUCAAGCCACACGAGCCAAGAUCUCCCGCAUGGUGGCCAUCAUCGUAGCCCUCUUCACCCUCUGCUGGGGUCCGAUGCAACUCCUCAUCCUCCUCCAGGCCUUUGGCUCCAGUUUCCAGCGGAACUACACCACCUAUAAAGUGAAAAUCUGGGCUCAUUGCAUGUCCUACGCCAACUCCUCCAUCAACCCCAUUGUCUACGCCUUUAUGGGCGCCAACUUCCGGAAGGCCUUCAAGAAAGCCUUUCCUUGCGUCUCCAAAAGGAGGGUGGGCAACUUGAAUGCCACCGGCCGGGCCAACAUCAACACAGAAAUGCAUUUUGUCUCCUCGGGGAUGUAGCCAGAAAAAAGGAAUGGAGCUGGAGGCAUCAUGUUCUUUUUCUCCAACUUCUAGACAUGCCAGUCCUGGAGGUUUAGAAGCCAAAAGCUGAGAUGACCCCUUGUGAUGUCCUUAAGUGCUGGGCAUUGAGUACCAUUAAAUGUAUGGCUUAUAAGUACAAGGAGAAGGUUAGGUCCCUGUUUUGGAAAUUAAGACGAAAGCCUUUGCUAAAGUCUGGGCUAUUCCCAGAUGAUGGUGAAAUGAGGAAAGUAUUAACACAUUCUUACGUAUGGAGAUGGAAAAUUAACUUUUAAUUUAGCCCACUUGCUUCUAGGCAAAAGGUGAGCAUAGGGCAGAAUGGAGGGUGAGCCCUGGCACAACAACUAAGGAAUUUUUAAUUUAGCCCAAAGGUAGAGAUAGGGCAGAAUGGAGGGUGAGCCCAGGCCACAGAACUAAGGAAUCUUAAUUUAACCCACUUGUUUUAGGGAUGAGCCCUGAAUGGAAGGAGGAUACUAAUGGUGUUAAUAUAUACCUCUCUGUAGAAAGUCUUUGUAAAUUGCAACAAAAAUCAGUCCCAGGAAAAUGAAGCAAGCCUCUGCUGUACUGGAAAUUUGCACCCAACCCUUUCCUAUUCCCAGGAACUGAGCCCUUCUAAAACUGGAAAAACUGCACCCUUGUUUCCUGCAUGUUGACCCUUGAAAACUGGACUGGGACCAAUAUGAUGGAAGAUAAUGUCCUGGGACCUCACACAUCCCCCUUUGCUCCUACACUCUGGAAAUAAUGCAGUUUGACACCACUUUAAUUGCUGUGGCUCCAUAUUACAGAAUCCUGGGACUUGUAGUUCUGGGAAAGAUUUAGCUUUCUCUGGGUGCACCUACACUGUAGAAAUAAUGCAGUUUGACACCGCUUUAACUGCUGCGGCUCCAUCCUACAAAAUCCUGGGAGCUGUAGCUUGGCAAGGCCCCAGCCCUUUUGGGCAGGGAAGGUUAAAGACUUUGUAAAAGUACAAAAUCAGGGAUUCUGAAGACCAGGGUUCGAUUCCCAUCCCAACAAGGGAUGUCCUUGGGUAAGUCACACUCUC